AUUUGGGUAGGAUAUGCAAAUGAGUUAGGAUAGCGAGUAUACCCCACUUUUACACGGCUAAAACUAAGUGGACAAAAUGUUGGAUAUUGGUGCAGAUAGCGUAUCUCAUGGACUUCUCUAAGAAAUGGCAAAUUUUCAUUGGAAAAACCUGGUAAUCAUUUUACUAGUUCUAGUCUGCCCUAACGAAAUAACAGCAACUUGGUGGUUUAUAAGUCAGCUCCCGCUGCACGCGGUAGGCACACAGAUGAUCUGUGAUAACGUCCCAGGUCUGGUGGGCCGUCAAAAGAGACUUUGUCGGGCCCAUCUUGACGUCAUGGUCAGCCUCGCAGAUGGCGCUAAAGUCGGUGUGAACGAAUGUCAAUUCCAGUUCAAAGCGCAACGUUGGAACUGCAGUACUAUAGACAGAGACGCAUCUGUCUUUGGAAAAGUUAUGCUAAAAGUCGGCAGUCGGGAGGCGGCCUUUGUAUACUCAAUCUCUUCAGCUGGGGUUGUUCAUGCCAUUACGAGGGCCUGCAGUAAAGGAGAUCUUCAAAAUUGUGCUUGUGACCCAACAAAAACGGGACAAUCGAAAGACAGAAAGGGAGAAUUUAAGUGGGGUGGGUGUAGUGACAAUGUAAGAUAUGGUGCAGAUUUUUCUAGAAUGUUUGUGGAUGCUCGGGAAAAACGUAUAAGAGACGCCCGGGCGCUUAUGAACCUACACAAUAAUAGAGCAGGCAGAAGGGCAGUAAAGAAAUUUAUGAAAUUAGAAUGCAAGUGCCACGGGGUGAGCGGUAGUUGCACUAUACGAACGUGUUGGCUUGCAAUGCAAACCUUCAGAAAGGUGGGCGAUUAUUUGAAAGUGAAAUAUAACGGAGCCACCCAGGUUGGGAUUAACCAAGAUGGAAAUGGACUCAUUGUUGCAAAUAGAAAUCAUAAGAAACCGACUAGGUCGGACCUUGUAUAUUUUGAGCAGUCUCCGGAUUACUGCGUUGAAGACCCCGAUACAGGCUCAUUGGGGACUGCUGGUAGGGAGUGUAACCGUACCUCUAUGGGGACAGACGGUUGUGACAUUAUGUGCUGUGGGCGUGGUUAUGACACUACAACCGUCAAAAAAGUACGGAAAUGUGAAUGUAAAUUUCACUGGUGUUGCUAUGUUAAAUGUAAGGAGUGUAUUGAAAUGAUGGAUGUACAUACAUGUAAAGGACCCAAUCCCACUGCUCCUCCUAAAAUAAAGAGAUUACGAAGAAAACCGGUGUAUAAAUUGGACUCCAAACUGUAAAUAUGAUGUAACAUGAUUUAAUGACUAACAUACAGUUCCUGUUCACGAUGGUGCAUUUCGUGUCUCUAGUGUCAUAUACAGAUCCGUUUUGGGCCUGUCAUAUCAGUCUAAUGACAUUGUGUGUCAACUGCGAUGUAAAGUUGUAAACGUUUAUGUGUCAGAAAUAUGGACUCAACAGAAGGAUGAUAAUUGCUACAUUUAAAUAUCAAACCACGUGACCACUAGCCGACAGUGACGCAAUUUCCACGUGAUCACUGGCCAUAAUUAGCCGACAGAGGGAACAGUAACACACAAUUUUCAUGUGAUCACUGGCCAUAAUUAGCCAACAGUGGGAACAGAAACAUGAAAUUUUAACGUGAUCACUGGC